AUGCUUUAUGGAUCCGUGGCGACGCUUUAUUAUGUAAUCAAUGUUAUGGACAUACUCAUGGAUCUCUUUGUUCGUGACGCUGUUUCGCUGGAUCAAUAUGGUGCUGGGGGCGGUUACUGGGCAGUUGUAACCGGGUGCACGGAUGGAAUUGGCAAGGCGGCGGCUCUACAUCUCGCUGACAAGGGAUUCAAUAUUAUCAUGUUGUCACGCACUCCCUCAAAGCUUGCUGAUAUGGAAAAAGAAAUUAAGGAGAAGGGCGCUAGCGUAAAGUCAUAUGCGGUGGACUUUACAAAGUGCACUGAAUCCCAAUGGAGUGAUAUUCGCGAUUUGAUUCAAGGGGAAAGCGUCAGUGUUUUGAUCAACAAUGUUGGUCUGUGCCACGAUAACCCCAUUUUUUUCGAUGAGGAGGACGAAACUAUGUGCAACGACAUGGUAAAAGUCAAUAUCACAACCAUGAUGAACAUUACGCGUCUUGUUGUGCCCCAGAUGCAGGAGCGUCAAAAUGGCCUUAUUAUCAACCUAGGCUCGUUUGCUGCAAUGCGAUCACUCCCUUUCCUUUCAGUGUACGCGGGAACAAAGGGUUUUGUCAAGACAUACUCGCAGAGCCUGGCAUAUGAGCUCGAGCCCCAAGGGAUUAUGGUGUCGCAUAUUUUCAGCUUCUGGGUUACCUCUAAGAUGUCUGGAUACAGAGAUCCGACAUUAUCGGUGCCAUCGCCAGACCAGUACGUAGAGUGCGUUUUUGACCGUCUUGGGCUCAGGUGUGGGUCUUCGGACUCGCACACAGCAAUUCCAUACUACCCACAUAGCAUCCUGAAUUUUGUGAUCAGUUGUCUGUGGGACCCCAUGCACGCCAAGGAUGCUCAUUACAGUAAGUUAUCAAAGUUGGCCAGCACAACCAGAAUUGUGCCACAUUGGGUGAUUUCAAGUUGGCAGGCUGCAUGUGUAUUGCCAGUUUUAUAA